AUGGCGGCGGUCGCCCAGUUAAAAUUUGAUAAUUCUUUUUGGUCACCCAAAGGUUAUGAGGCUGGAAAAAAUAUUUUAUAUGAUAAACUUAAGCAAGGUCGUGAAGAAAAUAAUGAAAUUAUUGAAUUUUUAGAAGAAAGGAUUAGUAUAGAAGAAUUAUAUGGAAAACAAUUGUUUGACUUAUCCAAGAAGGAAGGCGACGAGGAUGGGUUCUUACGUGAUGAUGGUGCUUCUCUACGACGUGCAUUUGAUAACAUUAAAAAUGAGUGUGAACAAUUAGGGCGUGCGCAUUUACAACUCGCUAGUAGUUUGUACGAAAUGGUUCUCCUACCUCUGACCAAAUAUGGUAAUGAACAUAGUAAACGUCUUGAUGCAAGUGAAGAUGAGAUAAAUGGUCGUCUGAAAAUGUACAACAAAUUGACUAAUGAUGUAGAGAAAUUACGAGCUAAUUAUGAGUCAAAAUGUCAAUUUGCUGAUGAAAUGGAAGAAAUCUCUAUUCGCGGAUUAGAGCAAACAAAUUCGUCACCCGUUUUUCUUGGUGGUCUGGCUUUUUCCGAACAUGACUUAAAGACUUAUCUUGCACGAAUGCGUGAAGAGAUUCCUUCUCAACAAGUUAAAAUUCCUAUUUUGGGUGUCUAUAAUGAUGCAUAUAGUGGUGAGGAUAUUGCUAAGUGGUUGAAAAACAAUAAUUCCGGUAUACGCAGAGUGCGGGAUAUUGAAAUUAUUGGUCAAGAACUAAUUGAUCAAGGAUUCAUUAAACUUGUUGGUGUGAUUG